AUGGAUUCUGAAAUCAAGAAGAAGAAAAGUAAAGGUAAAAAACGAACAUUUCCAUAUGAUAAUGGAUCUAAACAUGAACCUAAAAAAUACUUUACCAACAAUUAUCAACAACCAUUUAACGAUGUUUUCUGUAGGAAUGACCAAUAUUUAUCAUAUAAUAAUGUUAAUAAUUAUACAAGUGGAGUACAAUAUUAUGGAAAUUUUUAUAAUAAUAUGUACAAUGAAAUGUUACCAGAUCCAAGAUCAGGUUAUUAUUGUAAUAUAUUAAACUCUCCACAAAUAAAUAAUGGAUAUCCAUAUUUAAACUACAAUCAGUACUAUAAUAAUAGAAUUAAUUACACUUAUAAUUCAACUUCAUACAUCCAACCACCUUUAAAUGUCUGUACAAAUAUUUUAUCUAAAGAUUCAUUGUAUAUUACAAAUAUUCCAUUUGAAUGUACAAAAUUUGAUAUAUUUGGCAUUUUUAAUUUUAAUAAUUUAAUUGCUAGAAAUACUAUUAAUGGUGAACCAAGAAUAAAAUUAUAUAAAGAUCAACAAACGAGAGCAUCAUGUUUGAUUACAUUUUUGUCACCAGAAGCAGCAGCCUAUGUUAAAAAAACAAUGGAUAAGAAGGAAUAUCCUGGUUCAUUUAAAAAAAUGAAGAUUAAAUAUGCCAAAUAUAAAAAUAGGACUUCAGACAAUUUUAUCAAUCCUCACAACGAUCAUAAUAAAAAUUCUAUAACAUCGAAUUCAAAAAAUAUCAUAUCUUCAAUACAAUUGCCCUCAAAAAAUAAAACAUUACCAAAUAAUGAUAAGAAGAUGAAGGAAGAUGAAAAAAUUGUUGGUGGUUACAUUGCACGAUUUGAGACAAAAAGUGAUGAAGAAAAUAAAGAGGAAAAUUAUGAUAAAAAUGACAAUGAAGUAACCAUAAUCGCUGAGGUAACUCGAUUUACUCAAGAUUGGAAAUGUGAAACUUGUGAGACGUUAAAUUAUUACUACCGAGACAAGUGUUACCAUUGCAAUGAGUCUAAAUGUGAAAACAAAUAA